AGUUUUGCGCAUUUAAAAAUAAUAAUAAUAACUGCUAAAAAUACGUUAGCAAACUGACGUCUGCGAGGGAAACCCUAGAGUGACCUGCACCGUCCAGAAUGUCCACUGAGGAGCUGUCAGCUUCGGAUAGCGAGGCUUUUUUCGCCGGCGCCGGGGAGCGAUGGGCACCGGUGGGCGCCGUGGCCAACCCCGAGGAGGAGAGCAGUAGUCAGCCGAGGCAGAGAAGCUCGUCGUCGGCCACCGAGGAGGAGAUGGCCUCCCGGCUGAUGAAGCUGGAAGAGGAGCAGGAUUCGUUGAAUUCGUCUCUUUUAGCCCUCACAUCGCACUUCGCUCAGGUUCAGUUCCGAUUGAAGCAGAUAGUUCACGCUCAGAGCGAAGAGAAGGAGAGGAUGUUGGCCGAGCUGGAGGAGUUCGCUUUCAGGGGCUGCCCGCACGUCGUGGGUUGCAGAGCUCAGGAUGCCAAACAUCUGGAGAACUCGGGAGAUCUGAGCGAGAGGGAAAAGAGAGAGCGUCUGGAAGCUCAGAGGGAAAAACAAAAGGAUCUCAUUUUCCAGCUGAAGACACAACUGGAUGAUCUGGAACGCUUCGCCUAUCAGGAGGGCAGUUACGACUCGCUGCCGCAGUCUGUCGUCAUGGAGAGACAGAAGGUCAUCAUUGAUGAGUUGAUAAAAAAGUUGGAUGUGAAUUUGAAUGAGGACAUCGGUAACUUGUCCCCAGAGGAGCUGAGACAGCGGGUGGACGCUGCCAUCGCUCAGAUAGUGAACCCGGCCAGAGUCAAAGAGCAGCUGGUGGAGCAGCUAAAGACACAGAUCAGGGACCUGGAGAUGUUUAUCAACUUCAUCCAGGAUGAGGUAGGGAACCCUUUGUUGUCAGAUGGUGGGCGGAGUCAGCAGCCAAAGGCAGAAGGAACUAACGCCAGAUCUGCAGGAAUGAAAAAGAAAGUGGAUCCAGUGCAGGCCCAGAGGAUGCGGGACACGGGCCUGCAGCUCAUCCAGAAGGCUCUCGCUGUGCUACAGAUCUUUGCUGCCAGUCAGUUCGGCUGCUCGGCUGGCCAUGUCCCUCAGAAUAUGUGGCCCCAGGACUCAUCUAGUCGGGACUACGGGCCUUUGCUGCAGUGCCUGGAAGCAGCCGUGGAGAAGGUGCGAGUGCUUGGCUCGCGCCAACAUCCCUCCGUGGAACAUGUGGUCAGCUACAGCAGCAUGUCCACGCUCGGGGCUCGAGACGAGCUGACGACAGCUGUGAGGAAGGAGCUGGCAAUCGCUCUGAAAGACUUGUUGGCUCAUGGCCUGUUUUCCCCUUCGCAGACCAUGAGCCUGGUACUGGCCCCCAUUUCCUGCAUUCUGCCUUACAGACCAGCCCCACAAACAAUGCACCCCUGGGAACUCUUUGUGAAGUUUUACGAAUCCAAAAACGGGAAAGCCUUUGUGGAAUCACCAGCCCGAAAGCUCUCCCAGUCCUUCAGUUUGAACGUUGGUGGUGGCCCAGGGACAGUGACCCCGAAGCACUCACUGCUGUGGGCCAUCCACACGGUGCUGAAGGAGCACGGACGCUACAAGAGGGGGCCGGACAUUGAGUUCAAAGCUCUGGUGUGCAUGGCUCUCAACGAGCAGCGGCUUGUGUCGUGGCUCAACCUGCUGUGUAAAUCUGUCAGUCUGAUACAUCCGCAUUAUCAGUCCUGGAGCUACAUGGCCCAGACGGGCUUCGAGGGAGCCUUACGCAUUCUGGGCCGCAUCAGCCACCUCAGGUUCAACCUGCCGGUGGACCUGGCUGUGCGGCAGCUCAACAACAUAAAAGAUGCUUUCUGAUGAGCCUCAUAAUUAAAGCAUUUUAUCAAUUUGUGUUCAGGACCAAAAGCAUGAAUCUGUUGGCAUUCUUUAACCCUUUAAAGGUUGUUUACGUGUGAUGUCAGCAGUGUGUGCAUGGAUGUGGUGUUAAUAUGCAUAUCCCACUAAGAUGACAGCGCUGCUUGUACUGUAAACAUGCCUUAGAGCUGAAACUGCGAUUACCUCACCUUUAGUAAGUCUUCUCGUAAGAUCUUUGACCUGUGCUCAGCAGCAUGCAUCUUCCUCUGCUCUACCUGAUAGUGCCCUAAACCUAUGCAGCAAACAUUAUGAGGGAAAGUAGUGAUGGAUAAUUAAAACUGAACAGAAACAUUCAUGGGAAGUUCUUGUUUAUAGCUUAAAUUGUGUUGGAUGCUGUUACCCAAGCAGGAAACCUUUGUGGAGCACACUGCAUCAAAAUAAAAGCUCUCUGUCCGUGUCAAACAAAAACUGUCCGUGCUGUGUGACGUUCCUAUAAACAGGAAGCUUUUUCCUGAAUGUGUUCUUGUGUUUCAGUUUUGAGUGUUUUCAACUUGACUGAGCUGCUGUAUGAGAUAUGAGUAAAACUCAUAAAUGGGAAUACGUUUUAUUCCAGAUUUUCUUUUAUCUUCCAUUAACAGCGAAUCAUAUCUGUAAAAACCUGAAUGUAUGAACCAUAGAUGCUAUUUAACUGAGGUUAGUUUAUAUUUGUUGUUUAUUUUGUUUAUAACAUUAAAUCCUGUGUUUGUGUGA